CCGGCUGUGCCCAGAGGGAAGGUGAGAGGUGCAGAGUGGCGGAAGGUGCUGGGUGCACUGGCUCUGAAGUGUGCCCUUUGGGCUGCAGAGCUGCCUGACUUGGACACAGGACCCCGUGCCACCUCGCCCUGCCUUUGACUUGCAGCCUUGGUCUGUGGUGACCCCAGAGCUCAUCCUCCCUGGUGUAGGUGGACUAACUGGCAGCCCUUCUGCUGGGUGCAGAGGCCGGGCUGGCCAGGCAGCCAUGGCUGAUGAGAAGACCUUCCGAAUCGGCUUCAUCGUGCUGGGGCUCUUCCUGCUGUCCCUCGGCACGUUCCUCAUGAGCCACGAUCGGCCCCAGGUCUACGGCACCUUCUAUGCCAUGGGCAGUGUCAUGGUGAUUGGGGGCGUCAUCUGGAGCCUGUGCCAGUGCUACCCCAAGGUCACUUUUGUGCCCGCUGACUCUGACUUCCAAGGCAUCCUGUCUCCAAAGGCCCUGCUGGAGAACGGACUCACUGCAGAAACGAAGAGCCCCCAGAUCCCCUACACCAGGCUGUGGGAGGAGGCUGCCUACGACCAGAGCCUGCCCGACUUCAGCCACAUCCAUGGGAAGGCCACUGGCUACCACGGGGACUCCCACCCGCUGCUGGCCCCCAAGCUGGAGCCGAGGACCGGGGAUGGCGGCACAGGUGGCCCUGGAGAGGCUCAGGCCUGGGUGGAGGCGGCUGUGGUCGUCCAUAGAGGCUUGGAUGAGAGUGAGGGAAAGAGGACCCGGACUCAGAGCGGCCGCAGCCUGCCAGGCUACCCCCAGGGCCCUGCACCCUUGGCCUCCUUCCAAGACGACCUGGACAUGGGCUUGAGUGAAGGUAGCAGCCCCAACCCAUCUCUGCCUGAUGGAGAGGCCCCCAGGUCCCCGCAGCAGGAGCCUAGGGCCCGCAGAGGCCCACUGGAUAACUUCUGUGAUGCUGCCCUGAUCGAUGACGCCCCCACGCUGGAGGAUGCCCGACAGGGGCAGAGGCAGGAGGUAAUCCUGCUCAGCAGCUGGCAGCAGUACCCCAGGAGGAAAGAGGGGGACGGGGAGGAGAAGGCCUCGCACACAGGUGUGGAGGAGCCUGAGGUGGAAGAGGAGGACUUAUACUAUGGGCUGCCUGACAGCCCUGGUGACCCCCUUCCGGACAAGGAACUAGGCUUUGAGCCUGAUGUCCAGGGCUGGGAUGGAGCUGCUCCCUAGUUCCCCGCCAGGAUCAUUGUGAACCCCCUUUGAACUCACUGGUUUCUGCAGAUGAAGAACUGCAAGCAGGAGAGACAAAUGAGGUGGGGGCUCCCCUGAGAGCGUCUCAGGGGCUGUCAGGGAACCUGGGGAGGGGUGGUUGCUCUCUGGACAAUCGCUCUAAUGGUUCCUUUUCUCAGACAAACUGAAGGCGAAACAUGAUGUGAUGAGUAUUUACAGCAGCCAGGUCCUCAAAACCCUUUCCCAUCCUCCAGAGCUGGCCUCAUGGUGCUGUCUGUGCCCAGAUCUUCUGCACUGGCCCCUGAUACCUAAUCAAUAGAGUGGCCCAUCUCACCAGGGCUGUCCGUGUCCUCCCUGGCCCAGGGCUCCUGCUGAUUCUGUGCUGGGAUCCCUGACUUUCUGUGGCUGGCCCUGCCAACCUCUGACCUCAGCCCUGACAGCCCCACCAUGACCUCUAGCCCCAUCCUGCAGCCCAGGCUUGGGCUUGUCUCCCCCAGGCCACCCUUGGCUUCUUCGCAGAGGGGACCUGCGCUCCCCUGCAUGCUUCUCCUGAUGUCACAGCUCCUAGAGUGGGACCAAGCUUGCUCUGCUUGGUCCCUCUGAGCUGGACACUCCUGCUGUGGCACCCUGCCUGCCUCCCGCUCCAGUUGGCAUCCUGCUUUACCCACCUUGGCACUUGCAGUGACCUGAGCUGUGGCCAUUGAGGCAAUGUGGAAUUCAAAGUCCCAGGCACCUUCUGCAGCUAGGGUCGCCAUCCCUACUUCACGACCCUUCAGCCUCCUGGGUCCCUGACCUCCAACACCCUGUGCAGUCUCGGGGCAGGCAACAACCCAGACAAUGCCAGCACACCUCCAGUGCAGGCACUGGCUGGGGUGAGGUAACAGAAGGCUGCGGGCUUAAUUCCAUGUGCAGCAGGUCAUCACUGAGCACCUGCUAUGCGCCAGGUGCUCUGCUGGGACCUCAGGGGGAAGAGACAGGAACCCCUGGGAUGGUUCUUGAUGUCAGUGCACUCACGCUUCAGUGAGCAUUAGAAACAAUGUAGAGCAGAGGCGAGGUGAGAGCAGGUAUGUAGGAAGCUGACAUCCAGGGGAGCAGGGUGACAGGGCCCGAGAAGGCAACAGGAGAGCGGCACCUCCUGCAGGAGCGCCGGAUGCUACUGAUCUCUGCAGAGCCCCAGGUGCAGCCCAGGGACAGGGAAAUGCAGACCAGGGGCUGAGUGCUGCCUCAGACCAGGUCUGGUACUCCAAGUUUCACCUUGGGCCACCUGGGAGUGGGGGAUGUCACAUGGGCAGGGUCCUCGCUGGGGCGUAGUGGUCCGGGCUCAGGGAAGAAAAGGUCUGAGCUGAGUCUAGAGGCCUGAACUUUUUUAAGUCUGCUGUGAGGGAAUGACAGGCAUGUCUGUCUGUCUGUGCUGAUGCGGAAGCAGUGUCCCUGCUCAUACCCAGGUCAUGGACAAGGUGAAGUGUUGCGUGUUCCUCACUGCUGUGUUGGUCAAGGGAGGGACACCUGUGACCCACAGCAGAGGGGGCACCAACACCAUGACUAAAAUAAAAACAUCCUCAACACUGAAAGAGGUUACUUUUAUUCGCCGGCAAACACCACUGCCCCUCUGGGCAGGACAAAUGCGGCACCGUGCCCAGCUGGCACUGUGGGCCCUGCCCGAGGCAGCAGCAGUCACCAUGGCGUGACUCAGGACAGCCAUGUGGGUGGCUCUGUGGUGCAAGGACCUUCGUCACAGUCAAGAGCCUUUGGCCGCCAGGCCUACCAGCAAGAGAUGCCAGCCCUGGGCCAGGCUAUGCCCCUGCUCACACCCUGUCCCCUCUUGGCUGUCCCAGACCCUGCCGCUCUCAAUGCCAAUCUGCUAGAUGACAAAUUAGGUAUCCAUCCUCCUGCUCUGUCAUCUCUGGGGACCUCAGCUUCCUCCUGGUCAAACAGGAGAUGGUGAAUUCACAUGCUGCAUCUGUCGGGGCUCACAGGGAGAGGGCUUUUCAGGGCUCCAUCUG